UUAAACAGUUUUGUUUGUGUUCUCGCGCUUGGCGGGGAGACAGAGAAGAAGUAGUAAGAGACGGAGAAAGCCGGCGUAGGGGGGCAGGCGACUUUCACUGAAGUUGAAGCCAGGAUUCCGCUCGUCAACUGCCAGAGGAAGAAGACGCCACCAAACCUUUUAUUUUUGGAUUUUGAAACACGAGGGGGAUAAAAAGCUCAACAGAAAGCCCACGAAUUGACUGAAAAAGCGUAUUUUUUCAUUUAUUUCCCUCCCCUUUUUUGGCGUCGCAGAAGUCGGUAAAUGUUGUGACAUUUUAGGACCUCUUAUUCUGCUCCAGCGGUUGACGGUCGAGUGGCGGGGUAAAACCCGAGCUGUCAAACCCGAUGACUACUGCAAACUGCCCCGGGAAUGAGGAGCUGGACUUCAGAUUGAUCUUUGGGGAGGACGGGCAGCAGCCGGUAGGCCCCUCAGAUUUGGACCCUGAUGAGAAUACAUCAUUUUAUAUCCUGAAUGUGGGCCAGGCUCAGUCUAUGGUCUCUAACCACCAGUCUAUCGGGCUCCCUCGUCAUGGUAUGCACUCCCACUCUCAGGUCAUCAACACGUCACCCCGACCUCUGCCACACAAGCCAGGAUCUGAGGCUUUAUGUAUCGAGACACAAGACUCCAAAUAUGGGACUUCCCCCCUGCUGCCUUCCGCCCCUGUGGAGACACCAAAGGCCUUUGAGUGCCCCAGUAUCCAGAUCACCUCUAUUUCCCCUAGCUGCCAGCAGGAAAUGGAUACCAAUGAUGGGGAGUUGAGAGUUAACGGUCCUGAAGGUGAUUACCGAGGAGAGAGACCGUUGUCCAGAGAUCACCUUUAUUUACCACUGGACCACUCAUACCGGGACUCCUCACUCAGCCCUAGUCCCUGCAGUAGCCUUUCCUCCAGGAGCUGGUUUUCUGAUGCCUCCUCUUGUGAAUCAUUUUCUCAUGUCUAUGAUGAUGUUGACUCAGAGCUGAAUGAAGCAGCUGCCAGGUUUACUCUGGGUUCCCCCCUCACUUCUCCAGGAUGUGCCUCACCUCAAGCUGUUGGUGGAGUUUUGGAGGAGCAGCCUCAUUGGCAACAUCACAACCCUCCCUUUGUGCACCACUCUCACUCCAUCAACCUGUCCCCCAGACAGUCGCCUUGCCAUUCACCACGCACUAGUGUCACUGAUGAAAACUGGCUGAGUCCCCGGCCGUCUUCCAGGCCUUCGUCACGUCCCACCUCGCCCUGCGGAAAAAGGCGCCACUCCAGUGCAGACAUUUGUUACCCCAGUUCUUUGUCUCCUCAUCACUCUCCUACACCUACACCCGGACCUUCACCGAGGAGUAGCGUGACAGAGGACACUUGGGCUGGGAGUCCCUCUAUAGGCAUGUCACCAUUUCAGUGCUGUCCGUCUGAGACAGAUAUCCCAUUAAAGACGAGGAAGACCUCGCAAGACAGAACAGGUUUGCAGACUGGGAAAGGAGAGCUGGGGCUCGACGAGCCUGCAAAUAUACCCAGCAAUCUGGACUCUCCUUCAGAGGAGGCUCUGCACCUCUUGAAAAAGGAUGGACCUGUGGAACAGUUCCUCUCAGUGCCAUCACACUUCUCAUGGAGUAAACCCAAGCCUGGUCACACACCAAUUUUCAGGACGUCCUCAUUGCCUCCUCUAGAUUGGCCACUGCCAAGCCAGUACGGCCAGUAUGAAUUGAAGAUCGAGGUACAACCCAAAGCCCACCAUCGAGCACACUAUGAGACAGAGGGUAGCCGGGGAGCCGUUAAAGCAUCAUCCGGGGGCCAUCCCAUUGUAAAGCUCAUGGGCUACAGUGAGAAGCCCAUCAACCUGCAGAUGUUCAUUGGAACAGCCGAUGACCGCUACUUGAGGCCGCACGCCUUCUACCAGGUGCACCGGAUCACUGGGAAAACUGUAGCCACGGCCAGCCAAGAAAUUAUGGUCUCCAGCACCAAAGUUCUGGAAAUCCCUCUCCUCCCUGAAAACAACAUGUCAGCCAGCAUCGACUGCGCAGGCAUACUCAAACUACGGAACUCCGACAUCGAGCUGCGUAAGGGAGAAACGGACAUCGGAAGAAAGAACACGCGGGUCCGAGUUGUGUUCCGAGUCCACAUCCCUCAGCCCAACGGGAAGGUGCUGUCUCUGCAGGCUGCCUCCAUUCCUGUGGAGUGCUCCCAGCGUUCAGCACAAGAGUUGCCGCAAGUUGAGAAAUUCAACCUGACCAGCUGUCUGGUCAGCGGGGGAGAGGAGAUGGUUAUCAGCGGCUCCAACUUCUUCCCAGAGUCCAAGGUCAUCUUCCUGGAGAAAGGCCCUGACGGACGCCCCCAGUGGGAAGUUGAGGCCAAAAUCAUUCGUGAGAAAACUCAAGGCUCCUGCAUCGUGGUGGAGAUCCCCCCGUACCACAGCAAGACCGUGAGCUCAGCCGUGCAGGUGCAGUUUUACGUCUGCAAUGGAAAACGGAAACGGAGCCAAUCGCAACGCUUCACCUACCUGUCAGUGAUGGUAAAGCAGGAGCACAGAGAUGAGCUGGACCUCCCUGGACCCCCCAUUUCCAUGCCCCUGGCACAUGCUGCCAGUUUGGUCCACACUCAGCUGCCUUCUCCUGAGCAGAGCCACCCAUCGGACAGCCUUCUGUCCAGCUCCCCUCAUGGCCUGGCCACCAGCUCCGGACAUGGCCUGCUACCUCUGCCGGGCCCCUGCGCCCCCCUGAGCUCCCCAUCUUUCCAGCACCUGCCUCACCUCCAAGGUCGCAGUUUGCACCACCCUCCUGCAGACUGCCACAUGACUUUCCAACAGAGUUCUGGCCCCGCUCCACCUCAGCCCUUAUACCAGCCUUUGCAGCACAGCCAUAGUCCGAGUCACAGCCUGUCCUUUAAUGGCCAACCCAACCUCUCACCUCAGGGCUAUGAGAGGCUUCCGUUUCAGCAGAGCCCCACUGCAACAUCACACCCAAUGAGCAUGGGCAUGGUGUAUCCAUCUUCCCCUUGUUCUUCACCUUCCACAUCAACCAACCCCAUUGUUGGGUCCCCGCAGAACCAACAACCUCUGCUCACUCCCUCAUCCCCACACCUCCACCGACUAGGAGCUUAUCACUGCUCUCCAAAUUCCAACCAGGUGCCCUCUUCAGGUGGGCACCCCCUCAGCGGGCAGCACUCCUCACAGCUGCAGCGAGGAAUGGAUUACCACCCAGUAAGUCAAAGGUCGGCGUCCUGUCCCACUCCAUCCACCGCGCCCCCUCCACGGAUGGUUGCUUCUCCCCACUCUGGACCUUCUUCUCCUCAACUCCACUCGCUGCCCUACCAGUCCCCGACCUCGUCUUCCCCCACCUCAGGUGGCAGCCCUCUCGGGGCCUUGCAGCAGCAUUCAGGACAGCCGUCUCCUCAGGCCACAAGCCCGGUCAUGAGCAGCCUGUCCCCAGCAGCAGUCGGGGCCCUGGUUCAUCCUCUGAGUCCUCAGGGGCCCUUCCCCUCCUCUGAGGGGGAGAGGCUGAUCAUCAAACAAGAGCCAGAAGAUAGAGAGCCCACUUUCCGCUCCAUUGGCCUGCAGGACAUCACACUGGAUGAUGUAAAUGAAAUCAUCGGGAGAGACAUGUCCCAGGCUCCGAGCGCUCACGGGCCUCCAUCAGCUCACAACCAGUCGUAGUUCCACCUUAACUCCGCCUCAAAGGCUCACCCCCCCCUCCAUCUGUCAACCUGCAAACUCCACAACUCAGACAGGGACUCGGGUCCUAAUCCAGGUGCUGGUCUGGGUGAAAGAAGAGAACAGCGGAGUGCCCCUCUGAGCUAUCCGGAAAUGACACUUGAAGCCCGGUUCUGACACGUAAAGGGAAAUGUGGCGUUGUGACGGAUCCCGGCUGCUCCCAAGCUGUCCGGCAACUCUCAGGUCCGAGUUUGACCUUCUCGUCUUCCUGAGCACUGGGCUCUCUGCUCCGUGAGCGGAAAGCUCUGAGUGGAGACGGCGUUGAAGUGUUUCCUUCCCCUUCUCACCAGCAUGGACCUUUCAGCCAUGAGGACGCCUCAGAAGAGGCGAACACUUCUAGGGGUUUGAUGGAGUGAAGAUCAGCAGAAGAGAAGCAAGAUUUGACUUCAAAUACUGGAUUAUAAAAAAAAAAAAAAAAAAA